AUGGCGGCGAAGACCGUGCCGCCCUACGGCAGGCGCGCGGGCCUCGUGCCCCGGCGGCAGGAGGACUUCGGCGGCGGAGGCGCCUUCCCCGAGGUGCACGUCGUGCAGUACCCCCUCUCCAUGGGCCUAGCCCGCGGCGACCCCGAUACGGCGGCAGGAUCGUUGUCCAACGUGCUGGCACUGACCGUCGACGCGCGCGGCCGCGUCGCGUUCGACGCGGUCGUCCGGCAGGGCGAGAACGCCGCCAAGAUCGUGUACUCCAGCCACGCCGACCUCGUCCCCAAGAUCGUCGCCGUGCCCGAUCAGGACGCCGCCUGCGAGGACGAGGACGAGGGGGCAGCCACCACCGCGCGGACGCGGGCGGCGCUGCAGGUGAUCAUUGACGCCCGCCUCUCCGCGGCGCAGCCGGCGAGCGUCCGGCCGCGUAACCGGGAGGACGACCCGGCGUUCGUCAGGUACAGGCCGGGGCGGCAGUCGGCGGCGUUCAGCUCCGGCGCCGAGGAUCGGGUCGUGAGGAUGGCGCACGCGCAGGAGGAUCCGGUGCUGCCGCCCAGGCACAGGCGCAGGCGGGUGCCGCGGCCGGCCGGGUCGCCACCGGUCACCGUGAUGCACUCGCCGCCGCGCCCCGUGUCGCGGAAGGACGCGGAGGACUGGAAGAUCCCGCCCAGCGUCUCGGACUGGAAGAACGCCAAGGGGUACUGCAUCCCGCUCGACAAGCGGCUGGCGUCGUCGGACGGCGGCCGGCGGAUGCAGGGCGUCCAGAUCAGCGACGGCUUCGCCGGCCUCUCGGAGGCGCUGUACGUCGCGGAGCAGAAGGCCAGGGAGGCCAUCCAGAUGCGCGACAGGGUGCGCAAGGAGCUGAUGAUGAAGGAGCGGCAGGAGCGGGAGCGGGAGCUGCGCGAGAUCGCGAACAGGGCGCGCGCCGAGGCGGCAUCCGCCGCUGCUCCGGCGGCGCCGGUGGACACGGAGAGAAUGCAGCGCGAGGAACGGCGGCGCCAGAGGGAGUGGGAGAGGCGGCGGGAGGCGUGGAGCGGCAAGAAGAGCAGCGUCACAAGGGACGCGGACCGGGACGUCAGCGAGAGGAUCGCGCUCGGCAUGGCGAGCACCGGCGGCGCCGCCGGCGCAGGCGAGGUCACCUACGACGAGAGGCUAUUCAACCAGGAAACGGGGAUUAACUCCGGGUUCGCCGCCACGGACGACAUGUACAGCGUGUACUCCGGGAGGCUCUUCGCAGCGCAGCCGGCGCUGUCGACGCUCUACAGGCUCAGCAGGCACGGCGACUCCGACAUAUACAGUGGCGACGCCGACAAGCAGAUCGAGAAGAUUACCAGGACGGAGAGGUUUAAGCCUGACAGGGGGUUCUCUGGCACUGCGGACCGACCGGCCGGCAAGAGGGAGAGGCCGGUCGAGUUCGAUAUGCCUGAGGAGAGCGCUGAAGCCGAUGACCCUUUCGUCGAACUUGAUCAGUACAUGACUAAGGUGAAGGAAGGGAAGAAACAUUGA